AUGAUUCGCCUGUCCUUGCCAACGCUCGCAUGGCUCACUAUAACAGCCGUUGCCGGCACCAAAGCUCCGAGUACUUCCAGUGUGCAUGAUUACAUUGUUGAGUGCGAGAGCAGCGUGUGCGUUGAGCAGCUAGCAAAUAAUGUGCAGGAGAAGGGCGGCCAAGUGCGCCACAAAUUCAACUCGGAUGUAUUCCACGGCGUCUCGGUGCAGCUGGAAAGCAUAAGCACGGCCGAGCAGACAAUGGCCGAGCUGGAAGAAUUGGAAGGCAUCAGAGGCGUGUGGCCUGUACAAGCGUCAACCCCAGCAGUCAAAGUCGGGCAAGAGAAUCAGAAGCUGGGGGCGGCGGGGAAUCUGCAUUCGGGGGAUACGCAGCGACACGGCGCUGGUAAACGUGCAGCCGACGAUCUUUGGCCUCAUUUGAUGACGCAUGUGGACAAGUUGCACAAGAAGGGGUUCUCGGGCCAAGGCAUCAAGAUUGCCGUGGUUGACACUGGUAUUGACUACACCCACCCAGCCCUGGGUGGCUGCUUCGGUAAAGGCUGCCGUGUUGCCUUUGGAGACAACUUCUCCAAGGAUGGGGAGAAAGGUGACCCAAUGGACUGUUACGGCCACGGCACUGAGGUGGCCGGCGUCUUGGCUGGAUACUCGAGGGAUCAGGGCUUUGUCGGCGCGGCGCCCAACGCGACGCUGAUGGCUUACCGCGUUCUUGACUGUUCUGCUGAGGGAACAGAGGAUGACAUGAUGGCGGGUUGGCUGAAGGCCUACGAGGACAGGGCGCAAAUCAUCGUGUCCUCGACCGGCAUACAGGGCAGUGGCUGGGCACAGGGACCGCUGGCCAUGGUGGCGUCUCGCAUCGCCGCUCGUGGUGUCACUUGCGUUGGUGGCCUCGGCAACAUGCAGGAACAGGGUCUUUUCUAUGCCAUGGCCCCUGCUACUGGCGACGGUGUGGUUUCCGUCAACUCGGUCGCGAGUGACUACACCGUGCCAUACCUUUCAGCAUACGGGCCGACCUGGGACCUUGGCAUCAAACCCAACGUCAUCGCGCCUGGUCAGGGAAUCUGGGUGACGGAGAAGCAUGGCAGGUAUACAUACACCUCGGGCACGUCGUAUGCUACGCCUCUUGUUGGGGGCAUUGCUGCUCUUGUCGCCGAGGCACGUGGUGGUAGUUUCAAUGGCGUGCUCAUCAACAACCUCCUCAUGUCAACGGCGAAGCCGCAGCGAGACAACGGCGCAUUUAUGUCUGUAGCCCAACAGGGAGGCGGUCUCGUUGACGCCUGGGAGGCUGCGCACGCGACGACUCUCGUGGAACCUGCUGGCCUGGAGUUUAACGACACAGAACAUCGAGUCCCGAUCAGCCUCAAGAUCACCAACACGGCCAAGUCGGAGGUCAGUUACGAACUCUCCCACUUGGCGGCCACGACGCUGUAUACAUUCUCCCCAGGCGGCACCAAGCCCGGUCAGGGCGAGCAUGCCCAAGCCACGGCCGACAUUAAACUAAGCCUACGCUCCUUUACCCUGGGCCCGGGACAGUCGGCCACGGUUGACGUCUCGGCUGAGGAGCCCUUGGGGCUUGAUGCUUCGCGUCUGCCCCUGUGGUCCGGCUGGGUCGCCAUCACUGGUUCUGACGGCACUAACCUGACGGCACCCUACCUUGGCCUCAGCGGCUCGCUCCGAUCCGCGACCAGCCUGCAUCCUAAUACCUUGAGAGUACGUUGGGCCGAUCCUAAUAACGUCACCCCCCUUGAUAAGAAUGCGAGCGUCGUUUUUCUGGACCCACCAUCCGGACAGCGGCCCGGCUCUCCGGCCAGCAUUGGGGAGCUUACCCAAAUAUUCAGCGGCAAUCUCUUCUUCCGUCUGAGCCUCCUGGCUUCGCCACAGGUGCUCAUGGACAUUGUGCCGCUCGACCUGUGUCCGCUCGGAACCGACACGUCGACGGUGCAAGGGCCUCCGGAUCUGUCCAUGAACUGCGUGCCAAGCUCCAUGGUCAAGGACUCUCGCGGGCUCAAAUCCAUCGGUCAAGUUGCUGGGUUCCCCCGUUAUUAUGCCUCACGAAACGCGGUAGGCGUUGAAGGCGAAUGGGACGGUGCUUAUGCCAAGGGCCAAUACGCCCCUCCGGGGAGGUACAAGAUUGUCGCCCGAGCCCUGGCCGUGUUUGGCGAUGCCAGUAACCCAUCCGACUGGCAACUCACAGAGUCUCCUGCCGUAUUUAUCCUCUACCUUCACAACUAUAUCCCUGUGGCACAACCCACCCCUGAGCAAGCAUAG